AGCUGUACGCCGGCAUUGAAUCAGUCUGCGUCGCCAUGCGUUGGAGCAAGGUUCUGAUCCUUUGCAGUGUAACUGUAUUCCUCGGAGCUUCAGCUUUAGAGGCAGAAAAUGAUUCCUCUUCCUUCAGAUCACGAUCGCAAUUCCGACGACGACUAGGACGACUUGGGUCUGAGGUCGAGGAUGAGUCCCAGCUGACUGACGAACCUUCAGAAGCAGACAAUUUGUCAACUGGAGCUGAUUUAUUACUCCAAUCUGAACCUGAAGUAGUCAAGAAACCAUUUGUGCCCCGCAGAACCAGUAUCAGAGUUAGAGAAGGGUCACAAAGUACACAAAGUACAGAUUCUGAAAUAUCUAACGUUGCGGAGGCAGAAGUAGACUUUACUGAGCAGGAAGCAACGAGAUCUAAAGCGGAUACAAAGUUUGGAGUGACCCUGGAGGAUAAAAGAUUAAGAACAAGAAUAAGAACAAGUGUUCCUACAAAUGAAGUGAUUCGGUCCUCUGUUCCUGGAGCUAAAGAUGCCGGUCAAACUCCUCAGCAUUCAAGGAACAGAAUCAGGCGUCCUGAUAGUGCUCAGUUUGUUCAUAGGUUCAACACAGCUGGAACUAAACCUCCAGCGAGAGCCCCGAUCAACAGACAAAGGAUAAAAUUGAGUAUGGUUGACAGUGCUAGGAAAAGAGCCCAACUGAAGGUCGAAGGAUCAGAACUUGAUAAUUCGGAAGAUGCAGAAACACACGACGCACAGACUUCAAGUGAUGCCUGGGCCGCGCAGGGUUCCCAGCAUGAAGCUGUAUCCAGGAAUAGGGUUCAACAUGUUAACGAGGAUAUAUCCAGAACACGUCACAGAUUAACCCAGAAUUUGGAAACAGAACGUACAGCUGAUAGACUGGCCGGAGAAACUGUCAUUGAGUCAGCUGGCAAUCAAGUCGGUCAGUCAGACCUGGAUUCAGCAGAUGCAGGAAACAAUGAAGCUCGGGAAACACAAGGUUUACUACGUCCUGGUUUCCAACCCAACAGGAAACCAGGAUUCAACUCAAGGAUUAGACCUCACGCAAGGAUUCCUUCGGAGACCCCGGAGAUUAAUCCUGCUCUUGUAGAGGCUGAUGUUCCUGUUCUCCCUGUAGCCUCUAUCCCUGCUUCGUCCUCUUUAGAAGAAACUUCAACAGUUGAUCUUGAUGAUCCUACCCCCGAGGAAUCUGUCAAUGCAUCAUUAAUUGAGUCGGAGAAAGUAGAUGAACCUGAAACUGUUGAUCAAUCAAUCAUUCAAAGUGAUCUGGAGCCAAUCAUCAAUCAAUCAAGUCUACCUGCCCAACCACCAGUUUUUAUACCGGUUGAUGUUGCAGUUGAAACCAAUCAACAAGUUGAAAGUCAACCACCUUUGUUAGAGGAAACAGAUCAACCAUCUCUUUUACAGGAAACAAAUCAACCUAAUCCCACACAGGAAUUAAAUCAACUUUUCUUACCGCAAGCGGUAGAUAAACCAAACCUAUUAGAAGCGGUAAAUGACCCUAUUUUACCGCAAGAACUUGAUGAACAAGCUGUAGAGCUAUCAACUAAUGAGGGAGAGGAAGAAGUAUACUAUUAUUAUUACUACGAUGAUGAGGUUGCGCAACCAGAUGUUCAACUUGAAGAUACUUUUAGAAACAGUCAGACCAGAAUCAAAACUCAGCAUGAUCCGCCAAAAUUCAAGUUGAAGCCUUUUCCUCUUCCGCAGGGGGUAUUUACGCAGACAAAUAGAAUAGUUUUAUUACAACAGAGACACUGAAUCUAUCUCAACGAGAUUUCAGGGGGUGAAAAAGAUGAAAAAUUGAAUUUCAUCUUCCUCUGAAUGUUCAUGUUUAUUCAGAACCUUUAUACUAGCUAACAGUUAAAUAUUUUUACCGUUUGUUUUGUUUUAAUUAUAUAUUUCAUUGUUAACACUUAGAAACUUAAAUUGUGAUAAUCAUCUUUUCAUAGAUAAACAUUCAUCUCAUUAUUACAAAUAUUACAAUUCAUUAUUAUACAUGCUUUUAAAUAUCUUUCAAUAAAAAUUAAUUGUUGUUUUAAU